GCGGGGAGGGCGGGGACGUGGGCGGGGACGUGGGCGGGGCCAGGCGGGGCGCCGCAGUCCGUAGCCUCCCGCCCGCUCGGGCUGGGGUCGCGGUGGUUGGGACUCCCCUCCCCGCCCGCUGCGGCCAUGGAGGACCAACGGAAGGACGGAGCCUACGGAACCCCGCAGAAGUAUGACCCCACCUUCAAGGGACCCAUUUACAACAGGGGCUGCACAGACGUCCUUUGCUGUGUCCUCCUCUUCCUGGCCAUUGUGGGCUAUGUGGCUGUGGGCCUCAUUGCCUGGACGCAUGGGGACCCUCGGAAGGUGAUCUACCCCACGGACAGCCGAGGCGAAUUCUGCGGCCAGAAGGGCACGAAGAAUGCGAACAAACCUUUCCUGUUCUAUUUCAACAUUGUAAAGUGUGCCAGCCCCCUGGUCCUGCUGGAAUUCCAAUGCCCCACUCCCCAGAUCUGCGUGGAGAAGUGUCCCAACCGCUACCUCACCCUCCUGAAUGCCUGGAACACGCCUGAAUUUGAGUAUUACAAGCAGUUCUGUGUCCCUGACUUCCAGAAGAAUAAAAAGGGUGUGGCCCAGGUGCUUCGGGAUGGGCAGUGCCCUGCUGUGCUCAUCCCCAGCAAGCCCUUGGCCCAGAGAUGCUUCCCGGACAUCCACGCCCACAAGGGGGUCAUCAUGGUGGGCAAUGCGACCACCUACGAGGAUGGGCACGGCUCCCGGAAAAACAUCACGGAGCUGGUGGAGGGCGCCAAGCAGGCCAACGGCAUCCUGGAGGCCCGGCAGCUGGCCAUGCGCAUAUUUGAAGAUUACACCGUUUCCUGGUACUGGAUUGUCAUAGGCCUGGUCAUCGCCAUGGUGCUCAGCCUGCUGUUCAUCAUCCUGCUGCGCUUCCUGGCCGGCAUCAUGGUCUGGGUGAUGAUCGUCCUGGUGAUCCUGGUGCUGGGCUACGGGAUAUUUCACUGCUACAUGGAGUACGCCCGCCUGCGCGGGGAGGCCGGCUCGGACAUCUCGGUCCUGGACUUGGGCUUCCAGACGGACUUCCGGGUGUACCUGCACCUCCGCCAGACCUGGCUGGCUUUCAUGAUCAUUCUGAGCAUCCUGGAAGUCAUCAUCAUCCUGCUGCUCAUCUUCCUCCGCAAGCGGAUUCUCAUCGCCAUCGCACUCAUCAAGGAAGCCAGCAGGGCCGUGGGAUACGUCAUGUGCUCCUUGCUGUACCCCCUGGUCACCUUCUUCCUGCUGUGUCUCUGCAUUGCAUACUGGGCCAGCACUGCUGUCUUCCUGUCUACUUCUAACGAAGCUGUCUAUAAGAUUCUGGGCGAUUCCUCCUGCCCACAUCAGGGGCAAACGUGCCACCCUGAGACCUUCUUCAAUUCCACUGAAGCGCACGCGUGCCCGAACGCCAGAUGCCAGUUUGCCUUCUACGGCGGUGAAUCCGGCUACCACCGCGCACUGCUGGGCCUGCAGAUCUUCAACGCCUUUAUGUUCUUCUGGCUGGCCAACUUCGUGCUGGCGCUGGGCCAGGUCACCCUGGCCGGGGCCUUCGCCUCCUACUACUGGGCCCUGCGCAAGCCAGAUGACAUGCCGGCCUUCCCGCUCUUCGCUGCCUUUGGCCGAGCGCUCAGGUACCACACCGGCUCUUUGGCCUUUGGGUCCCUCAUUCUCGCCAUUGUGCAGAUCAUCCGAGUGAUUCUGGAGUAUUUGGAUCAGCGCCUGAAAGCUGCGGAAAACAAAUUUGCUAAGUUUCUCAUGACCUGCCUCAAGUGUUGUUUCUGGUGCCUGGAGAAGUUCAUUAAAUUCCUCAACAGGAACGCUUACAUCAUGAUCGCCAUUUAUGGCACCAACUUCUGCACCUCGGCCAGAAAUGCCUUCUUCCUGCUCAUGAGAAACAUCAUCAGGGUGGCUGUCCUGGACAAAGUUACCGACUUCCUCUUCCUGCUGGGCAAACUCCUGAUCGUGGGCAGCGUGGGGAUCCUGGCUUUCUUCUUCUUCACCCAUCGCAUCAGGAUCGUGCAGGACACAGCGCCGCCUCUCAACUAUUACUGGGUCCCCAUACUGACAGUCAUCGUCGGUUCCUACCUGAUCGCCCAUGGUUUCUUUAGCGUCUAUGGCAUGUGUGUGGAUACGCUGUUUCUCUGCUUCUGUGAGGAUCUUGAGCGGAAUGACGGCUCUCAGGAGCGACCCUACUUCAUGUCGCCCGAGCUGAGAGACAUCCUGUUAAAGGGGAGUGCGGAGGAGGGCAAGCGGGCGGAAGUCCAGGAGUAGACAGUGAGGGACACUGUGGAAGAUCUGGAGCGGAACAACGGCUCCUCCGAGAGGCCUUACUUCAUGUCUUCCACCCUCAAGAAGCUCUUGAAUAAGACCAACAAGAAGCCGGUGGAGUCCUAAAGCCAGGGACGGUGGAGCAUGCCUGUGAUCCCAGCACUUGGGAUGCUGAGGCAGGAGGGUCUCUGGGGAUUCCAGGCCAGCCUGGGUAUCCAGUGAGCUGAAGGCCAGCCACCUUCAGCAAGCAAGCAGGCAAGCAGAUGCAAAAAGAAACUGAGAGAGCUCUCAAGGCCCCACUCCUCCCGCCUCCCAGGACCGAUGCUCCCGUGGUGCUCGCUUGGCUGGAAGUCUGAUCACUGCCUAUCUGCCUUCCGCCCACCAUCCAGUGUCUGCCAGUUCCUGGGGUCUGGAGGAUGUGGGGCAUCGCCUCUAAUUAAAUCCAGAGGCCCUCGGUUUUCCAGCAGCCCCACAAGCCUGGGGUAGAAGGAGUCACUCCAGCUGGGGACAUGCCUCCAAUCCCAGCACUGGGAGGCGGGGCAGCAGGCUCGCUGUGCCUUCGAGGCCAGCCUGAGUGACAGCAUAACCUGUCUCGAAAAACCAAACAAAGCAAGCAAGCAAGAAAAAAAGUCACUCCAGCCCUUCUGGCCUGGCUGGGGACAAACCUCUGGGACGGGACGUGCCUGGGCCUCUGUUGGCUGCUUCAGGCUUCCUGUCACCCCUCCUGGAAGACAGACAGACAGUGGGAAGGGACCGAGGUCCUGUAGGAGGAGCAGCCGGCCGCCCUGCGCUCCAGACUCCGAACCGGACCGAAGCUGGCUGCCACUGGAUGCAUUUAUUCUUUUCUAGCCUGGACAGGCAUUAGAGGGGCUCGUAGCUUUUAUUCCCGUCUCCACGGCUGGACGGAGCCGCCAGGCAGUGCCUUCACUUGUGGCUGGGGUGGGGCCGGGGGCGGGGGCAGCUUGGCGGGGCUGGAGAUAUUCUUGGCCUACGUGGGAGGGCACAGGCCGGCCAGUUUCCCAUGCUGCGCCCUUGGUAAGAGGAAAGACCCUACGCAGGGAGGAUUCAGGGGCCAAGGUGGUUGUGGGGAGCUCUGCCCAGGUCCCUCACGCCUUGGGAAUCCUUAUGCCAAACUUGUUAAACUGAGGGGAACUGGUUGUGGGGGUUCCCCUUCACCUGCCAUAUCCCAGUCUCAGCCCCGCCCUGCCCCUAGGCUUAAUGCCUCUGCACAAUCCACUUGAUCUUAGCCAGUUCCCACGGGGACCCCCAUUUCCUGUGCCUGCAGUCAGCCACCAUUGUCGCCAUCUGGUCCCCACAGCCCUAAGCAUAUAUAACUGCAUUCCAACCACUAAUAAAGUGCCUACCAUACCGGU